AACUUUCCAGGUGACUCCGCACCCCAGGCCGAAGUUAUGUCGAUCGCCUCUCCAAUCAACCUCAUCUUUGCCUCGCUUUUCGUCGUGCUGGUGUACUGGCACUUCCGCCCCAAGCAGGCGAUCGAGCUCCCGCGCGGGCCGCCCCCAACGGUCUUCCGGGUCUACACCCCCAAGACGCUGAUCGAGUUCAACGGCGAGAAUGAUAAGCCCGUCUACCUGGCCGUGCGCGGUCGUGUCUUUGACGUGUCCCCCGGCAGGAACUUUUACGGACCGGGCGGUCCCUACGAGAAUUUCGCAGGUCGCGAUGCGUCCCGCGGACUGGCCCACCAGAGCUUUGACGAAGAAAUGCUGACCAAGGACCUGUCGGCCCCGCUGGAUGAGCUGAAGGACUUGGAUGCGGACCAGCUGGAGAACCUCCAGUCGUGGGAAGACCGGUUCACGGAGAAGUACCUGGUUGUUGGCAAAUUGGUUGCCGAAGGUGACCCCGAGGCCCCUAAGUCUUGA